CAUUUGGCCCCUGUUGGGGAGCCGUAACCCCUGUGUGGUGCCGUAGCACCUGUUGAGGGGCCAUAGUCCCUGCAGGGGGCUGUAGCCCCCCCACUGCCAGUGCUUUAACACUGUACAUAUAUCAGUGAAACAUUGCCCAACUGAUCACUAUCUCUGUCUCUGUCUCUGUCUCUGUCUCUCUCUCUCUUUUGUUUUAAUUGUGGAGGAACAUGGAUUUGGGGUUUUUUUACAGAGUGACUUUGGGAUUUUUUUUAUCAGGGAUUUUUCAGUUUUCCAAUAGGGAACACCAUAAUUUUUGCUAGGGAGGCCAGUGGCAGGACCCUGCCUGCUCAGAGCUGGCACCUUGAACCCAGCUGGCUGUGGCUGACCUCCUGGCCAAAUGGGGCCAGGAGGACAUGCUUUGACAGUUCAAAGCAGGCCACCACACCCGGCACAUCUUCUGGACGAUAGCUGCCCAUGUGGCCAGGCAGGGGGCAAACAUGGCAGUAGUGCCACAGAGGCCAACCCUGCAGCCACAGCCCACUGGCAGCUGGCCCAGAGGGGCAGAUGCCUCAUCUCGAUCUGGCAGGUGUGCAGCAGGUCACAGCCAGGCAGCAGCCCCCACUGCCAGACUGCUGCAGUGGGUAGAGGGUGCAGGGAACUCUCAUGGCUGCUUCAGCAGUCUGGCUGGCACAAGGGGUAGUGUCCCCAGGUACCAAGUGGCUGGGCCCCAGAAGCUCCUGAGAGGGAGUAGCCCUGAGCUAUUUGCCAGGGCAGCUUUUUGUACUGCUGGGGCCAGCACAGGGCAGCUUUUUAUACUGCUGGGAAUAGCACAGUUGCUGGCCUCAUGUUCUAGCUCCCCCUGGCUACAGAUCCAGGAGGAGCCAGGCAGGGUUAUUUUGCCCCUAGUGGCACAAUUUGCUCCACGACAAAGUGCAUGUCUGAGCAUGUGCACUGAGGCAAAAGCCCUAGCUCAACUUUGCACUGCUUCUAUUUGAGCUGCUGCAAGCGCACGUGUUUGCAUGUGUGGAUGCGCCCUAUGAGGUUUUAGUUUUAGAGUAUUGUUUAACUAGGUUUUUUAAAUACAUUGAGUCAAUACAUACGUGCUAAUGUAUCAGCCAUCUUGGAGUCCAAUACAGCCUUUGAUCUGGUAUCCCAUGAUGUUCUCAUGGGAAAAUUGAAGGAUUGUGGGCUUAACUGCUCGACAGUUAGGUGGGUAGGAAGUUGGCUACGGGGCAGGACCCAGAGAGUUCUAAUGAACAGAUCUGUGUCAUCCUGGUGAGAAGUGGCCAGUGGUGUCCCUCGGACCCAUGCUUGGUCCAGUGUUUUCAAUAUCUUUAUCAAUGAUUUAGAUGUGGGGAUGAAGAGCCAAGUUCGCGGAUCACACCAAGUUAUAGGGAGCAUGGUUACACUUGAAGAUAGGAUGAAGAUACAGGCGGACCCAGACAGGCUGGCAAGUUGGGCAGAUUGGAGCCAGAUUAAAUUCAACAUUGAGAAGUGUAAAGUGUUCCAUCUAGGGACAAACAAUCCCCAACAUACUUACAGUCUCAGUGGUGCCAAACUGACUAGCACCACAACUGAAAAGGACCUAGGGGUAAUAAUAGACCAUAGUUUGAACAUGAGCCAUCAGUGCGAUGGCAAACAAUACUCUGGCAUGCAUCAAUCUAUGCAUCUCAAGCAAAACCAAGGGAGCGAUUCUUCCACAUUACUCAGCAUUGGUGAGAUAGCAGCUGAAGUAUGGUGUCCAGUUCUGGGCACUGCACUUCAACAAGGAUGUGAAAAGCUUGAGAGAGUCUGAGAAGAGCCUCCUGUAUUGUCGUGGUAAACACAUGCAGCAAACUUUAGGUCAAGUCAGCAGAAGCUUGGUUUAUUAGAGAAUGCAUUCUGGACAGACUCAUACACAACUGGAGAAUUGUGAAGAGGUCUGACCCCGUACAACAGGUGAGGCAAGUUCAUAUAGAAAAUAUGACAUCAUAAGCAUAGCAACGACAUAUACCAUCAGCAUUUGCCAUGACUUUGUUAGUAAAGUGCAUGUCUUCUAUUUAUCUUAUGUUAGCAGAUUUUAAGGGUCUCUUGACUUGUAACCUUAGGGGUCACUUCCCGUUUUGGGCUGACUCAGCAGGCUGGUUUGUGGUUACUUUUGUGCUAAGUUUUUGUUUUUUACUAGACUAGGACAGGAUGGUCCCAGUCUUGUGUUAGGCUGGCGGUUUUGGGUCAUGUCCUUUUGACUUCCCCAUAGCCUAAGCUGAAUACAUGAUUUGCACCCUUACACAUAAUGGAGAUUCAACUCCAUUUUUCCCUUCUUCCACAGUAUGAUCAGAGACUUGCAAGGCAAGCCAUACAAGGAAAGGCUGAGGGACUUGGGUCUCUUCAGCCUAAAAAAGAGAAGGGACUUGGUAGCAGCUUACCACUGUAUCAGGGGGAUACAUCAAGAGCUCAACAAACAACUGUUCACCAGCACACCCUUGGGGAAAACCAGGAGUAAUGGCCACAAACUCCUGGAAGACCAUUUCAGGCUUAACACUAGGAAAAACUUGGUGUCCAGACUGUGAAAUAAACUCGCUCCAGAAGUGGUGCAAUUACUUACCCUGGAAGUCUUCAAGAGAAAAGUGGAUGGUCACCUUGCUGGGGUCACCAGACCCCCAAUUGUCUUUCCUGCCUAGUGCAGGGUGGCUGGACCUGAUGAUUUUGUGAGGUCCCUUCCAGCCCCUUACAAUCUAUGAAUCUAUGGCUACCACAACAAAAUGUUAUGAUUGGUCUCCUUGGUUCAUACAAUGUUGGUUUUAUCAGUAGAAAAUAACUUUCAACCCUAUUGGGGGUUGAAAUAUUGAUCAAAAUGUGAAUUCAUGGCAGUCAUCUUGGAUUCCAAUAUGGCAGCUACAUGCACUACUUGCCAGAUUGGCAACAUGACUUUUCUGACUCGGGUAGACCACCUCUAUCUGAAACAUGCUGUUGCUGCUUGUGGCAAAGUAGCUUUUGACUACAAAAUCUAGAGACCUUAUUGGUCAAUUUAUACCCUACAAAGAGGCCAGCCUGUCCCAUAGGAAAUUGCAUGCAGAGCCUGUUCGCUGCAGGGCUAGAAGCAAACUGCAACAAGAACAGUUUAGAAACCCUCUGCAAAGCAGAGACGGGGCCCUUCGGAGAGUCCUUUGUCUGUGCUGUUCCCUGCAUUGGACAGCUCAGUAUUCUGGCUGACUGCAGAUGUGGCAAACAGCAUGCAGACAGCUCUGCUGGCCAGCCAGCCAGCAGCCAGAGGGGAGGAAAGGACCCUGUUACUCCCUAGAGAUCUUCCAGACUCCAUGAUGCAGUAGCAAGGAUCUAACAUAUAAUGAGAGUGAUCAGGGUGACAACUGGUGCACAUAAAGGUUUUUCACAAUUGCCUUAACCUAGUCUUAGAGUCCUAGGAUAAGACACAUAAGACCAGGUAUUGGAGAGUGGGAAAGGGGUUUCAGGAAGGAGGAGGCAGGGGGGGAUAUAGGUUCAGUGACAAACUACUGCAAAGCAGCCGAUCUUUCAGAGUAGGGCUUUGGGGCUUGUCCUGAGAAAAGGAUUCAAGCCAAAGGUCCUGUGCCAGUGUGUAGGAUGAGCUGCAGUCUCCCUGGGCCUUGUAUUUUGUUGCUCUUGCUCUCUGUGGCUGAGACCCUGAAGGGCUGUAUUGCUCCUGGGAGAAGAAUGGGGCUGCUGCAUGGGAGAGAUCUAGCCCCAAUCUGCCAGGGGACGGAACACUAAGCCCCUUAGAACUGAGGCUAAAACUCAGAAAACCCUGCAGGAAAUAAGCUGGUCCCACUAUUUGGCCUUUUGCUUAUUCCAAGGAUCCAGUGCAACCAACCCCAAGCAUUCAAGACUUGCCAAGUCUAGUCCUCACUGGAAGCCUGAGCCUGGCUUCAAAAAUCAUGAGAUGUUUUAAAAAUAACCCUUGCCAAAUUGUCUUUCUUUGCACUCUCCAAAAGAGCCUUUAGGAUUCACAUUUUCAAGCCUGCCUAUGCAAACAGGGGAGGACCUGGGACAGUAAUUCUCAACCUUUAGGCUAGGGACAGACAUUACACAUAAACCCAUUUAAGUGAUCAGAAACUGGUUUAAACCUGUAACAGAAGAGAUGUUCAGUGCACAUAAACCAGUCUGAAAAUGACUGAAACCAGUUUGAGAUAAACCUGGUUGAAUAUAGUAUCAGACUUAACUAAUUUGGCUCAAACCAGUUUACGCAAUAUCUGUCCCAGACCUCUUGCUGGUUUAAGAUAAACCAGACUCCCCCAGCAUCCUAGCAUGCUCUCUGGGCUGGCUAGGGCUCUCUGCUCUACAGCAGGGCUGGCCCCUCCCCUCUGCUCCCUGGCUGGAGCUCCUGCAGAAAUUGCAGGCACAGCAGGGUCUGCCUGACUUCCUCUGUCCCCCACACCCCGUCCCCCUUGCUGCUUACUCCUGGAGCAGGGAUUCCCCCCCCUCCCUUCCAUCUCCCACAGCAUAGACUCCAGCCCCACAGGCCCUAAGCAUGUGGUAUGCUUGCUAAUGUUGAGAGGUAUCAGUGUGUGUGUGUGUUUGCAACUUCACUGGGACAGGCAGACAGAACAGUGACCACUUAGGGCUUUUUGGAGCUAAUCAACAGGUCAGCUGGUAAGCUUUUUAAGAAGAGUUUGAACUAAUGGAGAGAGGCUAUUGUUUUGCUAAUGUGGUGAUAAACACUGCUAUCAACUUCCUGCAGGCUUGCUUGCCUAUCAGUUUGCUGCAGACAGUAUAAAGAAGCAGAGAGAGAGAGAUUGAAAAGCUCCAUAUCAUCAACAGAUGCAUGCACUGCAUACACAUGCAUGCCCCACCUCCCACCCCUUUGCCUCAGAGUGGUAGCAGGGGGCUGGAGUCUGGCAACACUCCCACCCCUUGAGCAGCCACCAGGGAAAAGCCUGGGAUGGAGCAGUCAGACCUCCCUAAUCAGAGGUCCUGCUUUCACUUUUUUUUUUUAAUUGAAUGAUCCUUCUAUUGUAAAGAUCUCAAAAAAGCUCACACCAGCACAUAAUGCCUUUAACACUACGGAUUACAGUGUAAAAUUUCUGGUUUAUCUCAAGACUCCUCAGGGUGCCCUAAUAUCGUGGUUGAGAAUCACUGAACUAGGAUCUUACCUGUUAGGUUAGGGGUGAAAGCUGAAACCUGCUGUGAGCACAUGAUCCCAAGGGAAGGAAGAAAGAAAGAAGAAAAGAAGAACAUCUUGAAUAACGUGAAUGAAAUUGUGUUGGGGAAAAAUAGUAAGUGAUCAUGUGAUUAAGGACUGUGCCAAAAUGCAUAUGCAAAAAGGAGGAAUGCGCAUAGGCUGCUGCUUAUGCAAAAGCAAUGCAGUUUUCUCUUUUCUUCCACCUCUGCUUGAUGAGUUUUGUUUUGCUGGAGCUGCUCUGGCUCAGACCAAGCUAAGGUACCUUCCCUUCCUUCGGAGCAACUGCAGCUAAGUCAGAGUAGAAGGCCACUGCUCCCCUUCUGCAGGGCUUCCCUAAGUUGGACAUGCCUUCCAGGAGGUGCAUGACCUAAGGCCCUGUGAGGGACAGUGAAUAAGAGACAGGCAGUGCAGCCAAGGUGAUGUAUAGGAAAGUGUUUGAGUGGGAAGCACUGGGAUGGGAAGGAACAAACACCUACCACAGCCUUCAGCCAGGCUGGAAUCUCCCUUGCCAAGUUGUGAAAAACCCCAGGCAGAGAAUUUGGCUUGUGCCAACCCCUGCAUUCUGCCAUAGAGCUGUGGUAGCUGCAGUUGCUGUCAAUAAUGUGGGGGUGGAGGGGUUGCUCUCUCCCGCCAGCCUUGCAGGGAGGCAGUCUGUGCUGCUCCCAUCUGUGGCUCCUUGAAGUGAGCAACAGAACCAGAUCUGGCUGGUGAGACUGUAGAGAGGCCAGUAGGAGGCUUUAACUCUGGGGAAUGGCUCCAGGCACAGGUAUCACCUAGAGGGGGUUCCUGAGUACUGGCUUUUGGCCAGCCAGAGCUGAGGUGGGGAAAAGUGAAGGACUGCAAAGGGAGUGAGCCCCCUGGGGAGGGUAUGAAGUGGGAUAGGUGCUACAGAGCAGUUGCUGGAGCCCUGUAAGGCCUGUUUUUGGGAAAUGCUUAGUUUUAUUACACAGCUGAACCAGACUGCAUUCCCAACAGGAGUGAAUUAUGCAACUGGUCCCACUUUUGCAGGGUAAUCCGUGCUGGGCACUCAUUGGCUAGUAGUUCAUCCAGUGAAGCACGCUGACACAGGUCAUUUCUUCACCCGGACAGCACAAAUAGUUGUGACUCCUCUGGAGCUCUGAUACAUGUCUGCAGAAGACGCACCCUGAGACUUCCUUUCUGCCAGUUGGCUAGCAAAACUCUCAGACACCAAGCCUCAUGGCAAACAGGAAGGUUGCAAUUAUUGGAGCUGGUGUUUCUGGGUUGUUAUCCAUUAAGUGUUGCUUGGAUGAGGGGCUCGAACCUACCUGCUUCGAGAGAAGUAGUGACAUCGGAGGGGUCUGGAGAUAUGCGAAAAAUCCUGAAGAGGGCAGGGCCAGUAUCUACAAAUCAGUCAUUAUCAACACCUCCAAGGAAAUUAUGUGCUUCAGUGACUUCCCCAUCCCGGAGGAUUUUCCCAACUACAUGCACAACUUCAAAAUCAUGGAGUAUUUCCACAUGUAUGCUAAGCACUUCGACCUUCUUAAGUACAUCCGCUUCAAGACCAACGUUUGCUCUGUUAUAAAGCGCCCAGAUUUCUCUACCACGGGCCAGUGGGACGUUGUUACAGAGACCAAUGGGAAGCAGGAGUUGGCCAUCUUUGAUGCAGUCCUAGUUUGUAGUGGUCACCAUUCUGACGCCCAUUUACCACUGCAGUCCUUUCCAGGUAUUGAGAAGUUCAAAGGUCGCUACUUCCAUAGUCGGGAUUACAAGAACUCCCAAGAGUUCUUGGACAAGAAAGUGAUCGUGAUUGGCAUUGGGAAUUCAGGACUGGACAUAGCUGUGGAGCUCAGUUACACGGCAGAUCAGGUCUUUCUUAGCACCAGGCGGGGUGCAUGGGUACAGAGGCGGAUCUUGGAAGAAGGGUACCCCACGGAUGCAGCUUAUGUCACUCGCUUCGUGAAGCUUCUCUUGGACAUUAUGCCUUUCACUAUGAUGAACUACUUUGCAGAGCGGAAACUGAAUAAAGCUUUCAACCAUGCCCUCUAUGGCCUGCAGCCUAAGCACAGGUUUUUCUGCCAGCAUUCAACCAUCAACGAUGAUCUGCCAAACCGCAUCAUCACUGGUAAAGUGCAGGUGAAAUCAAAUGUGAGCGAGUUCACUGAAACUGGUGCCAUCUUUGAGGAUGGCACCAGAGAAGACAACAUCGAUGUGGUUAUCUUCGCUACAGGAUACAAGUUCUCCUUCCCAUUUCUUGACUGCCUCAAAGUGGUUGAUAACCAGGUCUCCCUGUACAAGCUUGUCUUUCCACCUCACCUGGAAAAGCCAACGUUGGCUUUCAUCGGCUUCGUCCAACCACUGGGGGCCCUCAUGCCUAUCUCAGAGCUUCAGGGUCGCUGGGCCACACGUGUGUUCAAGGGGUUGAAUGAACUGCCUUCUACAAGUGAUAUGCUGGCUGAAAUUACCCAGAAGCAGGAAGAAAUGGCAAAACGGUACGUGAAAAGCCAGCGCCACACCAUCCAAGUGGAUUAUAUCUCAUACUUGGAUGAAAUUGCCAGCCUGGCAGGGUUCAAACCCAACCUGCUGUCUCUCUUCCUCAUGGAUACUAAGCUAGCCAUGGAGGUUUUCUUUGGCCCAUGCACACCAUACCAGUACCGCCAGGGGCCCGGAAAGUGGGCUGGAGCCAGAGAAGCCAUCCUGACCCAGAGAAAGCGGAUCACCAAGCCCCUGAAAACCAGGAAUGUGGAGGAUUCUACCAACCAGUCCUUGGUGCCCCAUUCCUUUAACAUUUUCCUUGGUGCUGGUUUAGUUGCUGUAACUUUAGCUUGUAUUUCUUUGCUUUUUUAGUCCUCUGGGGAACAGUUUACUGGUGAAAUGAUUCCUACCUGUGGCUUUCCUUCCUUCCUCUGCAUUCAUGGACAUAGGAUGUUGGCAAGACACCCUCACUUCCAUCACAGGACAAACUUGUUCUGUGGCAGAAGCUGAGGCUGUCUCAUCUUCUGCAGCAAAAGUGCAACUCACUUGUGGCCUGGGAUCAUCACUGGGGAUCCUGGCUUUGUUUAAAAAAACAAAACAAAACACAAGUUCUUUUAUUUUAAAGCCUCCAAAUCCAUGUUUUUCCAUGAUUAAAAUGAAAUGCCAUUAUACAUUUACAUAUAUAUUUACAAUUUUUACAUGAUUGAUAUAUUUACAAUUUUAAAGCAAUCUGGAAGCUUACCAGUGUCUCAGUCAUUAUAAUAAAAUAUAUUCUAAAUACCUAUAAA